AAUAAAAGAAUUCUGUAAGCUCUACCAGUAGUUUCAAACAUACUUCAAAAUGGAAAGCUGUCCUCAACCCUGUGUGCCACAGUCGCACAUUUAUGCAGACAUUGAUUUUAAUGUUCGCUCACUUUUGUUUAUUUUGGGUGGUAUGUCAACGAUUGAUGAAGGCGACAUACUAGAACUCGAAGAUAUAUAUCAGUUACGUGAGGAACUUGAGAUUCUAAUACGAAAUGUAUCGUAUUAUCACCCGAGAAUACAGGAACUUCAUGACAGAAUUUUUUCGUUGAAAACAACGGUUGAUAAAUUUACUAAACAGGAAAUCAGUAUAGAAGAAAGGGUAAGAUCACAAUAUCAAUUACAGUGGGAUGACACGAAAGACAGAUUCACUGAUGUCUCAAUAGUUUGCAGCAAAGAGCGAGAGAGAAUCGAUGAACUAGAAAGAAAUGAAAUAAGAUAUAAAAGGGCAUUGGAAAAUAAAAAUAGCAGAAUAAAAUCAUUAGAAGAGAAGGUUGCUACAUUGUCAGAGAGCAACGAAAACUUGUCUUCAACAGUUAGCGAAAUGAAAGAGUGGAAUGUAACAUUAGCAAAUACAAAAGAGUGGAUUUUGAAGAAUACUCACAAUCGACUCGCCAUGUGCAGUGCAGAACUAUCUUUUUUCAAAACAACACUCAAUCAGACCAUCGGAAUAAGGAUGUAUGACGAGUGGGUGUUUGACAAAACCAGAAUUCAAAAUAUUGGGACGCGCAGAUCAUGCAGACAACAAAUAAUAUAAGGAAUAUCUACAACAUUCGACUCGAGGCAGAACGGCGAUACCUUGCACAACAGUAUCAAAUGAAAAUGAACAAAUCGGAAACGGAGAUACAGAAAUUCAAGAAAAGUUAUAAAGCACAACUUCUACAACUGCAAGAGAAAGUAGCAAAAGUUCAGGAGUUAUGAAAAAAAUGGUAUCUAAUUGCUCAUCCACACAUGAUCGACAAAGAUGCACGAGACUGAGGGGAGAAUUUCGCAUCAUGGUUGACAUCGUCGUC